CUGAAUUCAAAGCAGAGUCUCAUCCUCCCGCCUCUGUUUUCCGAACCAACACUAAGCAGGAUUCCCCAAGCUGCUUCAUCACUCCCUGCUAUUCUGGGUCCAGGACGUUCUCCGGCCUCACGCCGGACUCCGGGUUCCCCUCUCUGGCUGAGCUGUUCUUUGCCAGCCACUCGGAGAGAUCGACUCCUCGCGCGGCAGGCAGCCCCCCUCGCUCUCACACUCAUCCCGGGCUGCGGCGUGGGGAAGUGGUAGGGGAGCCACUAACUCGCGGAAAACUUCCUCUCGGGAAGUGACCUGGGGUUUUCCGGCUUCCCCCCGCCCUCCCGCGCUGGGCCACACGGCGAUCGUUAAAGUGGUGCGGCGACUAGCGCAGGUUCUGAGCUGCAGAGACCCGGGGCGCCCCACUGCAAAGCUUCCCCGGCAAGGACCGGCGCCCUCUGCCACCGAAUGCGCCCAGGACGCGGCCGCCGCCGGCCCGGGGCUGCUGGCGGGGCACCGUCAGUGCCGGCUGACUUUGCGCCACGAUGCUUUGUUUUCCUGCCGCAGGAACCUGAGGCGGUCUCUAUCCACCAGACUUAACCUGCCCGCAGCAAUAGCCAUGGAACUUGCGGCCGCACUGAGGGAGAAAGAACCGCUUGGCGCGGCAUCUUUUUUGGAUGUUUUUUCUCAACACAGUCCACUUCUUUCCUCCUUCUUGGGUGGCCGUUCCGGCAGCAGCGCCCCCCGUGGGCCAGCCCAAGGGUGCCACUAACGGGCCCUACGCCACCCCGCGCCUCUCCAUCUCCUCCCGAGCCACGGUGGUAGCCAGGAUGGAAGGCACCUCCCAGGGGGGCCUGCAGACCGUCAUGAAGUGGAAAACCGUCGUCGCGAUCUUCGUGGUUGUGGUGGUCUACCUUGUCACCGGCGGUCUGGUCUUCCGGGCCUUGGAGCAGCCCUUCGAGAGCAGCCAGAAGAACACCAUUGCCUUGGAGAAGGCGGAAUUCCUGCGGGAUCAUAUCUGCGUGAGCCCACAGGAGCUGGAGACGCUGAUCCAGCAUGCCCUUGACGCUGACAACGCAGGAGUAAGUCCAAUAGGAAACUCUUCCAACAACAGCAGUCACUGGGACCUUGGAAGUGCCUUUUUCUUUGCUGGGACUGUCAUCACCACCAUAGGGUAUGGGAAUAUUGCUCCAAGCACUGAAGGAGGCAAAAUCUUUUGUAUUUUAUAUGCCAUCUUUGGAAUUCCGCUCUUUGGUUUCUUAUUGGCUGGAAUUGGAGACCAACUUGGAACCAUCUUUGGGAAGAGCAUUGCAAGAGUGGAGAAGGUCUUUCGAAAAAAGCAAGUGAGCCAGACCAAGAUCCGGGUCAUCUCAACCAUCCUGUUCAUCUUGGCCGGCUGCAUUGUAUUUGUGACGAUCCCUGCUGUCAUUUUCAAAUAUAUCGAGGGAUGGACCGCCUUGGAGUCCAUUUACUUUGUCGUGGUCACCCUCACCACGGUGGGCUUUGGUGAUUUUGUGGCAGGGGGAAAUGCUGGCAUUAAUUACCGGGAGUGGUACAAGCCCCUGGUGUGGUUUUGGAUCCUGGUUGGCCUCGCCUACUUUGCAGCUGUCCUCAGUAUGAUUGGAGAUUGGCUACGGGUUCUAUCCAAAAAGACAAAAGAAGAGGUUGGUGAAAUCAAGGCCCAUGCAGCCGAGUGGAAGGCCAAUGUGACGGCCGAGUUCCGGGAGACGCGGCGGCGGCUCAGUGUGGAGAUCCACGACAAGCUGCAGCGGGCAGCCACCAUCCGCAGCAUGGAGCGCCGGCGCCUGGGCCUGGACCAGAGGGCCCACUCGCUGGACAUGCUGUCCCCGGAGAAACGCUCCGUCUUCGCCGCCCUGGACACGGGCCGCUUCAAGGCCUCGUCCCAGGAGAGCAUCAACAACCGGCCCAACAACCUGCGUCUCAAGGGCUCCGAGCAGCUGAACAAACACGGGCAGGGAGCCUCUGAGGACAACAUCAUCAACAAGUUCGGAUCCACCUCCAGACUCACCAAGAGGAAAAACAAGGACCUCAAAAAGACCUUGCCCGAGGACGUUCACAAAAUCUACAAGACCUUCCGGAAUUACUCCCUGGACGAAGAGAAGAAGGAGGAGGAGACGGAAAAGAUGUGCAACUCGGACCACUCCAGCACGGCCAUGCUGACCGAGUGCAUCCAGCAACAGGCGGGCGUGGAGAACGGAAUGGUCCCCACGGACACCAAAGACAGGGAACUCGAGAACAACGCAUUACUUGAAGACAGAAACUAAAUGCUGAGGACCUUGGACUUGACCAAGCGUUGUGUUUUUUUUUUUUUUUUUUUUUUUUUUAAUAUUCACCCUGAGACACGUGCCUUAAAACAGACUUCUCGGUAGUCCGAAAUUACAUAGCAUUGAAGAAUAUAUUUCACUGUGCCAUAAACGACGGAGAAAGGUCGCUCUGCCAAAAGGAAUCAAAGAACAAGGACCGCACUUCCGUCAGGGGCCGCAGGACACGCCGGGAGUGUUUGCACACGCAGGAGGUUGUGGCCACGGAAGUUAGGGGCGGGUAUGGGACGGUGCUGUGCCCCCUGAGCGGCGCCACCCGGGCCUGGCGUGGAGAAAGGGCAGCUAUUCCUCAGACCAGCCUUUUGAAAGGAACACAUGUGGCUUUUACAUGGAGCCUCGUUUCCUGAACCUACCGUUAGAGAUAUGCACACACAGAGAAGGGGACCGGAUGGGGGCUGAACUAGUACCUGUAAUGAGGGUUCGAGUUGACAUUGUGGCAUGUUGCUCUGAGCUUGAAUUUUGAUACAUAGCCUCAGUGCACAGCUAGUCUUUCUGAGCUCCAAGUGAAUGUCCGUGGGACCCGGGAGCAUGUGGAAUUUGUGAGAAACAGAUCAGAGCACACAUAUUAAAAGGUGCAAUUGCUUUCCUCAUUACAAAAGAAAAAAAAAUCACAAAUGCAUCACACUGUGGAUAUCACCUUAACCAAGGACAGAAGCCUAUUGAAUUGUCUCUCGACAAAUGAAGAAUGAACUUGCAAGCUUUGGCGAAAACUCAACCUCAUUCGCUGCAUGGUUAUGGGCAAAAAUCAUGCAUUUUCCUCAGUGGGUGCAGUGGUGAAAAUAAACUGGUUUUGAAAUGUCCAUUUCACUUUUCUAGUGGAACUUCGGUUGUAACUUGUUUUGAUAAGAGGGGGGGAAAAACCAAAACAAUUGCCUUGCAUGAUGCCAGUGGCUUGCUGUUCUGUCUAGCUGAUCCUAAAUUUUUAUAAAAAUAGACAUCCUGCAUGUCUGAGACAUACCAAGGAGGACCACGGCAUCAUUCCAUCUCAGGGCUUUUUGUCCCUUUGGGUGUCUUAAGGUAGACAUAGUGACGAGGUCCAAUCUUGCUAUCUCCAAACAAAAGAAAGAAUCCCCCAACCAACUCUUGUACAAGUAAAUUGAAUUGUUUUAAUUGCUUGCAGCUUAAGUGCCAUUAAUGCCAUUUAAAAACUAAUGCUUAAAAGAAGUAUUUACAACA